AUGGGUCAGAAGCGGCGUCGCUUGGCCUUAUCUUGUGUUGCUUGCCGUCGUCGGAAGGUUAAGUGUGACAGAACGUUUCCCACAUGUAAUCGUUGUCAGAAAGGGAAUGUCGCCUGUGAUUAUGUCGCCUACACUGGCAAAUCGGACGAACCGGCUCACACUCCUGGAUCCGAGGGAAGCUCAAAUGCUCAGAGAGCGCGAGAGGUGUCUGUUAGCUCAUGGGCCGAGGACGCAAAUACCUGGCAGGCACGCGCAAAACUGCAUUCUAAUACCCGUUCUCAGCCCGAGGCGAGUGCUUCUAUAACCACUCCAUCAUUUGCGAAUCGCCCUCCAAAUCAAAAGCUGUUGGAACUUCAGGAACGUGUCUUCGAGCUUGAGACGUAUGUGCGAGCUGCUGGAUCCAGACCCGUCUCAUCUGAGAAGUACCUUGGUAUGGGCCAUCCGAUAGGCCCGGGAGCUUCCCAAGGAAAACGGGCCUUUCAAGAGCAUGAAAGAGCUUUGCUUCGCGGGAAGAGUUUUAAGACACAGUAUUUCGGACCUAGUCACCCCGCGGGCAUUCUUCUCCAAUACGAAGAACUUUCAAGCUUUGUGAAAACUAUACUCGGUCAUAUACCUGCUUUGGAGAAAGCCAGACUUGCGUUCAAACAGAACCGGCCGGAGCUAGGACGGACACUGAUGCCAUCACAGUUUGAGACACUUGCUAGUAUGGUUCCUGACCAGAAGCGAACCGACGCACUAGUACAGGAAUAUUUCGCCACAAUUGAGACUACCUACCGCAUCCUCCACAUGCCGACAUUCUUCCAAAGCUAUAAGGAGUUCUGGAAGUCUUCUAGCAACGUGUCCGCACCUUUCCUGGCUCAGCUACUCCUCAUCUGUGCUUGCGUCAAUUCCGCAGUGGAAGGUGGCCCAACAGGCUUCCGUGGACGAAGCUCUGCUUCACGGGAGAUGUCUGUGAACUGGCUUGACUGUGCCGAAGACUGGGUUGACUUGCAGAGCCAGAAACACGUAACUCUGGAGGUUUUCCAGGUGCGAACUUUGGUGGUUCUUGCGAAGCGGCUGAAUUGCGUUAAGAUCAAAAGAGAGUGGACUAUGACCGGACAUUUACUGCGACUCGCUAUGUCUUCGGGAUUGCACAGGGAACCGACAGUUUUGAGCAAUCGCAUCUCCGUUUUCGACCAGGAAAUGCGCAGAAGACUAUGGUUUACCAUUCUAGAGGUGGAAACACAGUCCUGCCUCGAUCGUGGAAUGCCUGCAACCAUCCAUCCUUUUGACUGGGACUGCUUACCACCUCUCAACAUCCAUGACGAGGACUUCGACUUGAUGACGGAAAAGAUGCCUCCGGUAAGACCAAUGAGUGAGUUCACGAGAACGUCCUUUCUCUGCGUCGCACAGCAGCACUUGCAUCUACGACUAGACAUGCUAUCGAGAAUAAACAGCAUAAAAGUCUGUCUUGAGAGUGGAAUAGCAGCAGAGUACGAUCAGAAGCUCAGAAUAUUUCUUGAUGAUAUUCCCCCCUGGAGGGAGAACCCGUCCAGCACGACAGCGCACAUGCUGUCUCGAUUGCUGCUUUACGAAUUCCUACUCGUUAUCCAUGAACCCAACUCGGCCUCUCACGAUGAGCAAGCACAGAGUUUUUUCACCCGCGCGGCGCGGCGAAACGCUGCACAGAACACUCUCAAAAUCUACACAGAAAUGAGCCAAAGUGUGAGCCGAAUUUUUAGCAACAUUCGUGAAGAUUUAUUCCGAGCCUGUCUUGCGCUUUGUCAUGAUAUUGUUGCUUCGAAGAACGCAGCCGAUGAUUGGAUGCAGGACAGUAACCUCGCAGUGGAAAUGAUUGGAAAGGCCGUUGAUCUGAUGGAGGCUAGAAUACGAUGUCUUGGUCAAGGCUUUCACUCUUUCUGGUUAGGUGCAAGUGCACUAGGUUUGUUGCGAGCCAAGUUAUCCCCUCUACUCCCAAUGGAGGAGUUUACCAAGCAAACAGCAGAUCGGGUGUCCCGAUUACAUGUUUUCAUGAUGGGGGAGCAGAUGGCUCAACAGACACCUGGCAGCGGCUUCGAGGAGGCUGCUAUGAGUGGCGCGAGUACUUUGGUAGGAAUGAGUGGGAAUCCAGAUUCUCAUCAAGCAUCAGGUCAAGCAGAUAUGGACUUCUUUGGCAAUUCAGGGCAAAUUUUCAACGUCUUUUCAGACACAUUGUUUGACUUUGACGUGACAGAUAUCUGGAAUACCGGUGGCUAUCCGCAGUUUUAG